CAGUCCAGUGGGCAGGUAUUCUGAAUGCUCAUCGGGUGUGGUGAAAGACAGGCAGAGAAGAGACUCUCAGACUGAAUCUGGCAAGAUAGACAAGAGCAAAAAAAAAGUCAAGUAAACAGGAUAUUAUUUGAGAAUAUUUGUUUCUUUUUUAAAUAAAAGUGCUGCAGAGGAUUUAAAAAGUAUCAAUCCUUAUACGACGAUUAUUGGACUCAAGUGGCUGAUUGGGCCUGUUUGGACACAGUGAUGUAAACGUUGUUUCUAGGUUAGCUAGUAAAGGUUUGACAGCUAAAAGACCACAGAAAGCGAGGACACAAAACCAGAGACAUGGCAGAGGCGCCGAAGAUCGAGCUCUUCAUCAAGGCAAGUGAUGAUGGCGAAGGAGUUGGCAACUGUCCGUUCUGCCAGCGGCUCUUCAUGAUUCUUUGGCUAAAGGGGAUUCAUUUUACCCUCACCACAGUGGACAUGAAGCGAGCACCAGAGGUUCUGAAGGACCUCGCUCCAGGCUCUCAGCCUCCAUUCCUCCUUUAUAAUGGUGAGGUACGCACUGACACUAACAAGAUCGAAGAAUUUCUGGAAGAGACCUUGGCACCCCCAAAAUAUCCCAAACUGUGCUGCCGCUAUAAGGAGUCUAACAGUGCUGGUGAUGAUAUCUUCCACAAGUUCUCAGCUUACAUCAAAAACCCCAACCCUGGACUUAAUGACAUGCUGGAAAAGAAAUUUCUGAGGAGUCUGAUGAAGCUGGAUCAGUAUUUGCUCACCCCACUUCCAUACGAGUUGGACAAGAACCCGAAUCUAACUAAGUCCACUCGAACCUACCUGGAUGGAGACUCACUCACUCUCGCUGACUGCAACCUUCUCCCCAAGCUACAUAUUGUCAAGGUUGUGUGUAGGAAAUAUCGUGACUUUGGGAUCCCUGCAGCACUCACAGGUCUGACUAAGUACCUGAAUGAAGCCUAUCAGCGAGAAGAGUUCAAACACACGUGCCCUAAUGACGCAGAGAUCCUGCUUGCCUACCACUCGGUGGCCAAAUAUCUCAAAAAAUAGAUCAUGGGAGGGGCGGGGCUUGGGAAUGGAUUGGUUCUGGGCAAGCCUUACGCAAUAUGUCUUGCAAAUAAAAUUCUAUGUUAGAGGUUUCAAAUCACUCGUGGUUUGUAGGUGGAGGUUCUUUUUUGUACAAAUGAGACAUUAUGUGCAUUGUGAAUGUUUUCCGCCUGUUUUGUUUCAUAUAAACAUGUUUGCUUAUUAGUUAUUAUUGCAUUGGGUGCUGCCAUAUUCUCUGCAUAUAUAAAAUCAUUGGUUUGUACAAUUUAAAGUGUAACAAUAACGGUACCCAUUAGAGGAUUCUAUUGGUUCCUGGUGAAUUUAUAAUGGUUUUAAAUAUUUACUAAUGGUUUGUGUAUAAGUUAUCAUGGUUUAAAUGGUCCUAAUGGUUUAAGUGCUGAUGAGGGUAAGUCUU